AAGGGGAGAAAGGGCGCCCCACUCGGAGGGCGCAAGCCGUGCGCCCGCGCCGAGCCUGGCGGGGCCGAGCCUGGGCCCCUGUCGUCCUCUCGUCGCGAGAAAAACACCAGGGCACCCCUGGCAGCAGCCAUGAACGCGGGGCCUCAGGUCUCCCCUGGGGAGAUGAUGGUGGCCGAGAUGAAGGGUAUGGCCGACUGCUUUGCGAGGAUGACCACGUGCUGUUAUGGCAAGUGCAUCGCAAACGUGCGCGAAGAGAAGAUGAGCGUUGGGGAGAUGAGCUGCGUCGACAGGUGCGUGAGCAAGUACAUCUG